ACUAGCGAGGUAUCGGUCUUCGAGUUCUCUUCCUUGUCCUUGGCGACCAGCGAGGUAUGGAUCUGGUUCUUGUCCUUGGUGACCAGCGAGGCAUCGGUCUUCAACUUCUCCUCCUUGUCCUUGGAGACCAGCGAGGUAUAGAUCUUCAGGUUCUUGUCCUUUGUGGCCAACGGGGUAUCGGUCUUCAACUUCUCUUCCUUGUCCUUGGCGACCAGCGAGGCAUCGGUCUUCAACUUCUCCUCCUUAUCCUUGGCGACCAGCGAGGUAUGGAUCUGGUCCUUGUCCUUGGUGACCAGCGAAGCAUCGGUCUUCAGGUUCUCCUCCUUGUCCUUGGUGACCAGCGUGGUAUCAGUCUUCAAGUUCUCCUCCUCUCGUUUCCAUUCGGCGGCGACCGAACGGAACUUGAAACCAGACUUGGUUAUCUUGGUGCCAGCAGGAUUGACGGUCUCUGCCGCUUCAGAAGUCUUGCCAGCUUCAGACUCAUGGCUAGUCAAGACCUGUUCAGAAGUAUUGUCGUGCCUAGAUUGUCAGUAUUCAGAAGGGGAGGAGGAGGAGAAGGAGAGGUAAACAUACUUGUGCUCCUGGUCGGAUGCAACAGCUGGGUAGACAUCCUUAUAUCUGCCGUCGUCCCUGUCCUUGUACUCUCUCUUAGGGCUAUGCUUUCUCUUGCCCCUGAACUUUUUGUCGUCGGGGUUCUCGAGGGGUCGAUCCGGUCAUCUUGAAGAGAAUUCUUGAUGGCGGGAUUGAGGUGUGGAAUUGAGGUGUGUGAUGGGGAGAUGCGAUGGGGAGGUGGGAUAGAGGAGAGAGAAAGGAGGAAAGAGAGGGAGAGAUUUUCCGGGGACGUGGUCGAAGGCAGGGCUGGAUGUUUGACGUCCGGGAAGCCCAAGAAGGAUGGAAACAGAGCCUCCUUUUGUUUUGAUUGAUCAGUACAUACACGAUCCGGUUUCACACCGCUGUUCACUUUGACUUUCAUCGAGCGGCCCGGUGUGUCUUUCCCUACCCUCCGCUCCAGCCUGUCCCAGCAAUAACAACAGAGCUCACCAAGGAUGAAACCAGUAAAAGACAACUUUCGCCCCUCUCCCUACUCCGCCUUGU